CGGGGCCGGGGCGAAAAAUAUGCUGACUUUGGCUACAACUUACCCAUUAAAGGUUGGCGAUGUCUCUGAUUUUGAGCUAUAUACCAUGUUAGUUUCUAAACGGGAAAUAAUCCAUUACAUCUGCAGGAAAAAAAGGGUUAAACUCUUGUCUAAAAAUCAAACGGAGCUGAUAGAAAACUGAGUGAGAGAGUGAGCUGGGCGGACUGGCGGAGCGGCACCGAGACCUGACUCAUCAUAUCCUGCACCGCUUCUCGGCCGACCAGACGCUUCAUUGCUCACCAUCCAUGACGUAAGAUGUAAGAAUAGACCUACGAUUGCAACAUAUGCAGUGUUUGAAAUAACGAGCUAAGAACGAUCUGUCUGCUUGGCACUGAUUACCUCAAAACAACUGAAAUGGCGAGUGGUCCCACAGUAUCAGUUGAUAUGCUCUCACGAUACAAGGCUGCCAUGGUUUUGAGUGGCGUCGGCGAUGCCAUGGGAUACAAGUCUGGUCAUUGGGAAUUCAACUUUGUCGGCACGGAUAUUCACAAGGAGGUGAAGGCAUUGGGAGGCGUGUGCAAGCUUCAUGUGAAAUUACCUGCUUUUCCUGUAAGUGAUGACACAGUGCUACAUUUAGCCACAGCAAGAGCUCUUCUGAGUGGAAAGCCGAUUGGUGACAAGCUUUACCUGGAGUUUGCAGCUGAGUACAGGAAAGGCAGGCUUGAUAUGAAGGGCAGAGCUCCAGGGAACACAACUACUUCUGCCAUCAGUCGUUUCAACUUGGCCAAGCCAGAUGGCUACAUCAUUCCAUUCAACAAGAGAGGAGGAGGUUGUGGGGCUGCCAUGAGGGCCAUGUGCAUUGGUCUUCGUUACCCCAGGCCUGACCAGCUCCAGGACCUUAUCAUGGUAAGUGUGGAAUCGGGACGCAUGACCCACAACUGCCCCACUGGUUACCUCGGAUCCUUCGCCGCCGCUCUCUUCACAUCCUACGCCAUCCAGGGAGUCCCAGUCAUUUCCUGGGGGCGGAGACUCGUUGCGGAACUCCCCAAAGUCCUGGACUAUGUCCGAUCUGUAGGCCGUGAUGUCAAGGAGAACGAAGAGGCAUGGCCGUACUUCACGGAUAAGUGGACGUCCUAUCUCCACGAGAGGGGCAUUGAUGGGGACGGUGUCACCAACGCACGAUUCCCAGAUAAAUAUGAUGUCGUAGAGAGGGAUGCCUUCUACAAGAGUCUAAGCUUUAGGGGAUGGGGAGGAUCAAGCGGACAUGAUGCACCCAUGAUUGCGUACGAUGCCCUGCUUGGCUGUGAGUGGUCCUGGGAGAAGCUAUGCCUGGCAGGUAUGCUACAUGGAGGUGAUAAUGACUCAACCGGUGUGAUGGCAGGCUGCUGGUGGGGCGCCAUCUGUGGCAUGGAUCAGGUGCCAGAAUGCAACUUCAAGAAUCUUGAAUACAGAUCUCAGCUGGAAGAACUAGGAGAAAAACUCUACCAUGUCGCUGAAGAAGAAAGGAAAAUAACCGAAAGCAAAACAUCUUAGAGCGAAGUGGCAAAAGAUGCAAGUUAAUCCAUGACCUUGGAUUUGGAUGUAAGUCUAUAAGUCCUGUGGUGACUGUCAGAGGUAAUCAGGGUACAUGGUAGACACAGUUGCUAGAGUAAUGAUAUUCUUUGAAGAUCUGGAAAUUCUGGGUUAUUUUUCCUUCUUUAUUAGUCCAUGGUUUGAUUAUUUUUAAUGAGUUUGUAAGUUCAUUACUUUUAGCUCUUAAAGAUAACUUCCAGUUCUGGUAACGAUCUCAAAAUGACUUUUACAGAAUCUAAUAUAAUGACCAUCCA